AUGAUUCUUAUUGACCUUGGAGGAAGAGUAAGUGAUGCGCCUGCUACCUACCUUAAUCUGCGGAGCGCUUGCAGAGAGAGUGACUUCACGUCCAGCACAACACCAAACCAAUCUUCACCAAAUCCCCACCAACAGUCUUUCUCAACAAUGGCCCGCACAGAAGAGGCGGAAGCCUUCUUCCAUGCAGUCUACACCGCAGUGCAAGAAAUCCCCGUCGGCAAAGUCACAACCUACGGCCACAUCGCCAGACUCGUCGGAACCCGUGAGUCCUUCCUUCCCUCACUCCGCCCCUGCACUCUCCCCCUCUCUUCACCCGGAACCCCAUUCAUCAAAUUUCAUCCCUCUCACGAUUCAUGCACUAUACGCGACAUUUAUGUAGAAAACCUGUCAGACCCAGCAUCCCGCUUCAACAACGAAAACGUCCCAUGGCAGCGCGUCAUCAACGCCAAAGGAACCAUUUCGCCACGGUACAUCCACCUCACUGCCCACUCCUACAAACCCUCCCAGCCGUCAGGUGCUCGAAACCAAGCCGAAGCCCUACAAGCCGAGGAUGUCGAGGUCUCGCGGACGGCAAUGGGCGAGUUCACGGUCGACUUUAGUUCCUACGGCUGGUUUCCCGAUGUUCUCCCCUCUGAAGAAGAUCCGAAAGGUCACAAAGCGGACGGACCUGUCUUUUUAAUCGUCAAUGCAAAGGCGCGGCACGAGGCGCGACACCGGGCGCCAAAAACUAGAUUAGCCAAGGUGUCUAAUACCCCCUCGUCGUGUCUCUCAGGACCAUCUUUGAGUAAUCAGGCAGCCAAAGGCAGCCAGCCCGGCCUCGCAAACACCUCGAGAGACCGCCACCAAACGCAACCGGUCCGUCUCCAACCCAUCACCAUCCCAUCCGCCAUCAUCCUUCCUCGUGCCGUCAUUAUGAAGGGUUGGAUGGUGCAUAUCGUAUGGGCGAAGUCGCGUAGUGGUAUUGAAAAAGAGGAGUGGUCCAUCGUCAAUACCCUCCCAGCAGAAAAAGCACGUACGAGCCACCAGUAUGAGAAACUCCUGCCCAAUCUUUCUGGGUUUCGCCAUGCGUAA